UCAUAUGCAGAAAAUUUGACUUGGUGAUGCCUUAUCUCUAAUAAUCAUUCAGUCUGUUGUUUGUCAUAAAGCUACCAUGUUGAAGUUUUUAACUCUUUUUUUGUUCGUCCGAUAUAUCACUUCAGUCGAACCGAGCGCAAAGAAAAGAUUGGUUUUACAUUCAGAGGAAGAUGUAGCACAGACAAUUGCCAAAUUACAAAAUGAAUUAGAUGCUUUAAAGAAACAGAUCUCGAGAAAUGGUGUAACAUAUGUCAGAUGGGGAAGGAAUUCCUGCCCUUUAGAUAAUGAACUUGUCUAUACAGGAUAUACAGCAGGAAAACAUUACGAUGGAGAUGGAAGUGGUUCAACCAAUCUAUGUCUUCCAAAACAUCCGACAUGGGGGAGAUAUGUCGAUGGCAACUACCAUGGAUACCGCGGACAUAUCUUUGGUACAGAGAUCGAUAUAGUUGAACCAAAUCACAUAUUUCCAUACGCUGUAUCCCAACAAGAUGUGCCGUGUGCUGUGUGUGAAAGCCCACGCAGUAAAAUUCUAAUGACACCAGCAAUGAAAGAAUGCCAUUCUAAUUGGACGAUGGAAUAUGGGGGAUACCUGAUGGCCGGGACUUACGAUAAAAGUGGCGCCUACGACUAUGUGUGUAUGGACACAGAGCCGGAGUUUAUUCCGCAUGGGGGAACGAACGACAACCAGCAUAUUUUGUACCUGGUGGAAGCUCAGUGUGGCUCCCUCCCCUGUCCACCUUAUGUACAAGGACGUGAACUUGCAUGCGUUGUUUGUUCGAAAUAAAUUUCAGAAAUACAUUGACAAAACAGAUGAGUAAACAUAUAAAAUAUA